AAUGUAAAGUAAAACCACUGAAGGAAAUGGUGUCCUAACUAUAAAUGUAUGUAUUUUCAGAAAAAAAAGUCCAGCCGUUCAUUUUCGCUAGUGGUUUGUCAACUUCCUGUGUUAAAUAUCCUUGCUGCUGAUAAGGUGACGUGACCGAUUGUGCCACAACUUGUUCAAUGCUUUUCCUGUGGACUGCUUUUUUUCUUCUUCUUUCUUUUUUAACUCUUAGCCAAAUUUUAGUUUCGACUUGCACGAUAUCAGCAGGACCAAGGAAGCUGUGAAGUUCGAAAUUUUCACCUGGAUUUUGAAAAGGCAUCAAGAUGAAUGACACCUAUAACUACUCGUUCUCUGAUGACUACAAUUACUCCAUUGAAAAUGACACUUGUGACCUUGGUUUGUCUGAAAAAUCAAGGAGUUCCAUUCAAACGGUGGCACUCGUGUUCUACUGCCUGACGUUUAUCCUUGGAGUUCCUGGAAAUGUCCUGGUAGUGUGGAUUGCUGGUAUAAAAAUGAAGAAGACCAUAAACACCAUCUGGUUUCUGAACCUGGCCAUCACAGACCUCCUGUGCUGCCUGUCUGUACCAUUUACUGUGGCUGGAAUCCUUCUGGGGAAUCACUGGCCGUAUGGAGAUGCAAUGUGCAAAGUGCUGCCCACGAUCAUUGUUGUCAACAUGUUUACCAGCAUUUUCACUCUGAACUUCAUCAGCGUGGAUCGCUUCAUCCAGGUUGUCAAGCCUGUCUGGGCUCAGAACAAUCGUACACUUGGAUUAGCGUGGAUCUGCUGUGCCAUUGCAUGGGCCCUGGCCACAAUCCUCAGCCUGCCCACUAUGAUCAUGCGAGAAACGUUCAACCUUGAUGCCAACGUAACGAUCUGCAUGUUCAACAACAUAUUCGAUACAGAAGAAGACGUCUGCAGCCCAGACUACACUAGUGCUUAUAGGGCACUAACCAUAACCCGGUUUGUGUUUGGCUUUCUUAUACCACUUUUGUGCAUUGUGUUUUGCUACACCGGGAUCGCCCGUAGGGUUAGGAGCAGCAACUUUCGUGCAGGAAGGGCAUUCCAUAUCAUGAUAGCUGUGGUGUUGGCAUUUUUUUUCUCCUGGUUUCCCUACCAUGUGGUGGAUCUGCUGAACAUUUAUGGUGACAAACACAGUGCCAUGCUGGCUAGAGAGAUCGAUACUUUGGUCAUCUCUUUCGCGUACACCAACAGCUGCAUGAACCCCAUACUGUAUGUGUUUAUGGGGCAGGACUUUAAAGAAAAAGUGAAACUUUCAUUAAGACGGGUAUUCGAGAAAGCUUUCAGUGAAGAUACAACACACUUGUCAGCUACUUCCAAAGGACAGCAUACAAGCUUCACCAACUCCUCAGAUGCUCAACUAUAAAAGUUACAUGAUGCCCAGAGCAUGUUUUUACUCUUACAGUACAGUCUAGUUUAUGUUUAUAGUAUAGCAUUAAGGGAAAACUACAAAUGCAGAAUUGGAGCACAUUUUACUGAACUACACUUUUUUUUUGACUCUUAACUAAUGCUCUUGAUGUGUAUCUUUUGCUUUUUACCUGCUAUAAACUCUA